CCAUGAAGGAGGAGAGGAAUUGGGUUUUCUUCUUGGGGUUGUGGGGUUAAAGAGUGGCGGCGGCUGGCCAACAACUUUGGGUUCCAGACAUGGAAAAGACUGACAGCAUUGACUUUAGGGCUCUGGAGAAGGAGCUACAGGCUGCACUCUAUGCUGAUGAGAAAUACCAAAGAGAGAAUGCCGCUAAGUUCCGGGCUGUGGAACAGAAGGUGGCUUCCUAUGAAGAGUUCAGGGACAUUGUGCUUGCCUCACACUUGAAACCUUUAGAGCGAAAGGACAAAAUGAAUAUUAAGAAGACAGUGCUUUGGAACUGCCAUGUGUCCCAGAAAGGCACCACUCAGGAGGAGGGCACUGUUAUCUCCCAGGAGGGAGAUUGUCAGCCUGAGACAUCAUCAGAUUUCUAUAGGACUUGGCGCCGCUACCUGCGAAGUGGACCAGAGCGCUACCAGGCCCUAUUACAACUUGGAGCCCCCAAUCUGGGCCACCUCUUCCGGGCAGAUGUGGGUUUUGGACUUUUGGGUGAACUGCUGAUGACAUUGGAAGAGAAUUUUAAGCCAGCUGACCAUGCUGCUGUAUUGGGGAUCCUUCAUAGCCUAUCAAGAACAGGCCGAUUUGACCUCAACAUGACCCUGCUGAGCAGUAACGAGAGAGAGAGCUGUCAGAAAUUAUUCCAGAAACUUCAGGAUAUGGAUGUUACCAGGCCCAUAGAAGAAGAUCUGAACUAUAAGGAGCAAGAGCUAGAGAAACCAUACCCUGGGAAUGAUGGGAGUGAGAAACUUCUACAGGAACUAUCAGAGCUAUACCAAGUCAGCUAGAGAUGUUAUCUUCCCUCAGGAAAAACAGCAAACCUAACUAGCUAUUGGAGAUUUUUUAUGUUCUAGUCAGUCCUUAAUAUCAUUCGCCAUCUUGCUGCCUGACCUCAAUCUUUUCCUUUCAACCUUGCCUCUCCAGAACUGUAGCAAAAGGUUGGUCUCAUUCAUCCUAACCUUAAAUAGGUCUAUUUAAAACUAUGUACUUCCAAAUAGCCAGAAGCUCUUAACGGAGCACUAAUAAACUGUAAGGAAUUUGGUUUCUUAUCCUUAAAGUCUACCAAGAAUGGCACCCUGGCCCUAAGAUUAAAAUCCUAUACUUGGUGCUUCCUACCAACCCAUGCAAGCAGAAUUUUUAAAUCAAUGAUUAUUAAUUAUGCCCAUUAACAUCUACAAAUAUCUAC